GGAGGCCGGAAUGGCCGCGUGGCCGGGGACUGACGCCGCGGGCGCCGGCCCCGCUCACACGGCGUGAGGGGGCACCAGGGGGGGGGUCUCUGCCCCCCAAAUUCCUCAAAGGUGGAUUUUGGGGCUCCAGGCCUUUUUGAGGUGAAACCUGGAGGAAGCUGAGCCACGGGGACGUUCCCGGGGACAGGAGAAGGGGAACAGAACAGGGGAAUCGGGAACACCCGGCAGGAGCACGGAGCAAAUCCUCCUGGAAGCUGGGCAGGUGGGACACCAGGAGGUGGUUGGUGAUGGCCUCGGUGGAGCUCAGGGGCUCUUCGGGUGGUGAUGACAUCAUCAACCUGGACUUGUCCAAAGCACCUGAGGUGGAUCCCAAGGAAGUCCUGGAACUGAGCUGGAGAGACAGGGAUUGGAUGGAUGGGCCACGCCCUGAGGCCAGAGGAGAUGCUCCAGGGGCUGGAGAGAGAGGAAGUGUCCCACUUGGAGAAGGGAAGGAUCUGGGGACACCUCAAAGCCCCUUCCAGGGCCUGAAUAGGCUCCAAGAGCUGGAGAAGGACUUUGGACAAGGCGUGGAGUGCCAGGACACAGGGAAUGGCUUCCAGCUGGAAAAGGGGACACUUGGGUGGGAUUCUGGGGAGAAAUCCCUCCCUGUGAGGGCAGGGAGGGGCUGGCAUGGAAUUCCCAGAAAAGCUGUGGCUGCUCCAUCCUGGAAGUGUCUAUGGAAUGUCCUUUCCCCCACCAAACCAUUCCCUGGUUCCGUCACUGUGACCCCACCCCAGCCUUGGAUGGACACAGGGAUGGACACAUGGAUGGACACGCGGAUGGACACACAGGCUCAGCGGGCGGUGAUUGGCCGAAGCGGGGGGGCGGGACCGGAAGCCGUGAGGGGAGACCGGGCCACCAUGUCGGGCCCUGAGGCGGCGGCGGCGGCCAGGACGGGCUCGGAAGGGGUCGGGAAGGGCCCGCGAGUGGAGCCCUUGGGGCACCUGGAGCUGCUGGAGCACUGCGGGCGCUGCCGGGAGCGCCUGAGCCCCCAGCGGAACCCGCGGCUCCUGCCCUGCCUGCACUCGGUGUGCGGGACCUGCCUCGGCGGAGAUGGAGCGGUGUUCGAGUGCCCCGUGUGCCACUACCAGUGUCCCCUGGGGGACAUCCUGGACAACUUCUUCCUGCAGGACAGUGGGGCUGGAGCCACCGCAGGGCCUGAGCCCCGACAGAGCUGCAGCAGCUGCGAGGACAACGCGGCGGCCACGAGGUUCUGCGAUGACUGCGCCGAGCCCCUGUGUGACACCUGCGUGCAGGCCCAUCUCAGGGUCAGGUACACCCGGGGCCACUCCGUCAGGGACAUCGGUGAGUCACUGUCACCUCAGUGUCACUGUCACAGCCCCCUGUCACCCCUAUCCCUGUGUGACACCUGCGGGCAGGCCCAUCUCAGGGUCCCGCUCCCAUUCCCAGUGCUAUCCUGGUGCCAUUCCCAAUCCCAUUCCCAGUGCCGUUCCCAGUCCAUUCCCAGUCCCCUUCCUGUGUCAUUUGUGCAGGCAGAGCUGCUCUCCAGGACAUUCCCAUCCCAGUCCAUUCCUGCAGGCUCAGUCCCAUCCCAGUCCAUCCCCACAGGCUCAGCCCCAUCCCAGUCCAUCCCAGUCCAUUCCCACAGGCUCAGUCCCAUCCCAGUCCAUUCCCACAGGGUCAGCCCCAUCCCAGUCCAUCCCAGUCCAUUCCCACAGGCUCAGUCCCAUCCCAGUCCAUUCCCACAGAAGGUGACGGAGGCGUGGCAGGAGGAGCUGGAGCGGCGGCUCCGGGCGCUGUCGGAGCUGCAGAAGCACCACGAGCUCGUCAUGUGCUUCGUGUCCCGGGCCAUGGGCACCUCCCGGGGCACUGCCCUGCUGCUCUCCCACAGACUGAUCCAUUCCCAGAUCCAGCGGAGCCUCCGUGUCCCGGUGGAGCGUGAGGAGCCCCCGGGGGAGCUGAAAUUCCAGUGGGAUCUUCCCGCCUGGACCAAGAGUGCCGAGAACUUCGGCACCAUCAUCUCGGAGUGGCCCCUGCCCCGCUCUGGGAGCCCCCCCCCUGCCAUGAGGCCCCGAGAUCCCCCCCCGCCCCCACAGGUGGUGAGCAACGGGCAGGUGACCCCCAGGCUGCUCUUUCAGCCCCCCCAGAACAGGGCUGGAGGGGGGGCACAGGAGGCCUCCUGGGGGUCCCCCCCAAUUGGGCGGGAGGCUCUGGGCCCCCCCCUCCCGCCUCAGUUUCCCUCUGGGACCGAGGGCUUGGAAUGUCCUGACUUGUCCCCCCCACACCUGGAGCCGCCGUCGGAGACCCCCAAGCUGGCAGCCACCGGGCCCCCCGAAAACACCGUCACAGGAGGGGACAGGAGGAAACCUGGGAAUUCCCCCCGGGAGGAGAAGUUUGUUAAGAAGCUGCUCAUUAAACGGAGGCGUCCCCGAGGGUGCCAGGGCCCCCCCCCACGCCCCCUCAAGGUGCCGCGGGUGUCGCUGGAGCGGCUGGAGCUGGGCCUGGCGCUGGACCCGGCCCUGCCCCUGCCCGCCUUCCGCGUCCUGCCGGGGCCCUCGGCCGGGCAGUUCAGCGUCAUCGUCAUCGAGCAGGGGGGGACAGCGCAGGGGACAGCCCAGGGGACAGGUGUCCCCUCGGAGGGUGUCCCCUCGGAGGGUGUCCCCUCGGAGGGUGUCCCCACGGAGGGUGUCCCCACGGAGGGUGUCCCCUCGGAGGGUGUCCCCGUGGGGUGGAGCUGCCGGGUGUGCGGCCGCGCGGGGGCCGUGGUGAUGUGUGACCGGUGCCAGCGCUGCUUCCACCUGCACUGCCACCUGCCCGCCCUGCUCGACGUGCCCAGCUCCGACUGGACGUGUUCGCUGUGCCAGGAGCUCCCCCCGCCCUCCGAGGCCCCCUCGGGCCAGGGAACCCCCGCCCGGCUGAGCCCCCUGGACCAGCAGAGGUGUGAGCUGGUGCUGCUGGAGCUGCUGUGCCACGAGCCCUGCAGGGCCCUGCAGCGCCCACGCGGCCUCGCGGAGGGUGGUCCUGCCCUGGACCUGACCCUGAUGAGGGCGAAGCUGCAGGAGAAGCUGAGCCCCCCCUACAGGACCCCCGAGGAGUUCGCCAGGGACGCCUGGAGGGUCCUGGGGCAGCUCCAGGGGACCACCGAGGACAAGGUGGGGCUGCAGUCCCUGCUGAGCGUCCAGAGGUUCCUCGAGACUCGCCUGAGCCGCGUCUUCGGGGACAGGAAAUUCUGGGACCACCCAGGGACCCCCCUGCAGUCUGAGCCCCCUCUCCAGGGGGGCUGGGACCACCCGGAGUCACCUCUGGCAUCCUGGGACCCCAAUUCUGCUGCUCCAGGGUCCUGAUCCCCCUCCCCGGGGUCCUGAAACCCUCCCUGGGACCCCAAUUCUGCUGCUCCAGGGUCCUGAUCCCCCUCCCCG